GGGAGCUUGGCAGUUCCGCGAUAUUCCAACUUCCGCAGACGAGCCCCGCGGAGGCGGCUCCUCCUGGCCCUCCUACUCUCUCGCACACUCCGUUUCCUUCCCUUCCUUCCUCCCAAAGCUCGUAUUUUUAGCCAUCUCUCGGCCCGGCGGAGCUCUCUCGCCAUGGCCAAGAACACAUGCAAGCUCUGCUCCCGCCGCUUCGCCAGCCCGCGCGCGCUCGCCGGCCACAUGCGCUCCCACUCCGUCAAGGUCGCCCGGCCGCAGCAGAUCUCGUCGGCCUCCUCCGCGUCCACCUCCGUCGCGGCCGCGGACGACGACGCCAGGAUGGCCAUCCAGGCCCACGUGCUCCGCGGCAAGCCCAAGCGGCGGGCGCGCCUCGCCGAGUCCGACUUCUCGGAUCGCGAGAGCGAGGCGGAGUACCCGUCGCAGUCGCCUGGCGCCAAGCGCGUGCAUGCCGGAUCGCGCGACGCCGAGCCGGUGAGCUCCGUGUCCGACGCCGCCACGCCGGAGGAGGACGUCGCGCGGUCCCUCAUGAUGCUCUCCCGCGACUCCUGGCCCGCGCCGCCGCCGUCCUACCGCGCCGCCGACUCCGACGACGCAGAGGCCGCACCCGCGCCCCCGGCGGCCGAGCAGAAGCGGACGCGGUUCCAGUGCCCGGCGUGCAAGAAGGUGUUCCGAUCGUACCAGGCGCUGGGCGGGCACCGCGCGAGCCACGUCCGCGGCGGCAGGGGCGGCUGCUGCGCGCCCCCGCUCAGCCCGCCUCCCGCGUCCACCCACCUGCAGCCAUUGCCGGAAUGCGAGGAGGGCACGAAGCCGCCGCCGCAUCCGCACGAGUGCCCCUGCUGCUCCCGCGUGUUCGCGUCGGGCCAGGCCCUCGGCGGCCACAAGCGGCCCCAGCUCCGCCCAGCCGCCGCCGCCGUGGCCGCUCAUCCGGCGGCCGCGAUGAAAAGCCUGGGCCUCAUUGAUCUGAACCUCCCGGCGCCGUUCGAGGACGUGGAGCUCUCCGCCGUGUCAGAUCCCUUCCUCGCGGCAAGGCCAGGCCACUGAAGCAAGCAGAGCAAGCAAUCCGGCGUGCUUUUCCUUUCGGUCGGUCGGUGGGUUGGUUCCAGUGGAGAUGGAUGAUCCGGGCCUGUGAUCGCUGGCGAGAAAGAUGGUGCUCAGGCAGUAAGCCAAAAAGGUAAAGAAGAAAAGGGUUAAGAAAAAGAGAGGCAUCCGUCUAUGGGUAGUUAUUUUUCGUGCUGUAGUUCUCCUCUCCCUCGGCUCUGGUGUGUCUUUUUGUUUGUUUCAAGCUACGGAACAGAGUAGAUCGGGCCAGCAAACAGAGCCAGCUGCUGCUGCUAGUUAGUAUUGUUUCUCUUUUGGCUCGAUCUUGGUAGCCUACAAGAAAAUAGGGCAAAAUUUAGCUAAACUGUUGCUGUCUGUCGCAGUCUCCAGCUGUUCUUGUUCCAACUGUCUAUCGCAUAUUAGCAUAGCAUGGCAUGGCAUGGCACUUCACCAAGCAACCGAUCAUUACUCGCUAGCAGGCAGGCAGGCAGUAGUGAAGCCAUAAGCAACAAAAUAGCAACAAGAAUGCAGGAGCAGCGAAAAGGGCCGCUGUACUUUGCUCCCCCUGUAGCCCAGCCCACGUCUGCCUCGCUCGCUUCCCACCACAUUCCCUUCCCCAUACUGUGCUGCGCAUUGCAUUGAAUCCUGCAAGCAAAAUGGCCGU